AUGAAUGAUUCGGGUCAUGUCACUGUUCUUGAGCUGUUAAACAACGACAUAUUUGUGGAUUUCUUAAACACAUUCCUCAACCUACCGGUGUUUGGACAGACGCCAGUCUAUGUUUUAAAACACAGAUCUUGGGAGCUUCAGCCAAAGUUGCCUUCCAACCUGACUGAGAACAUAGAUGGGUUUGUGAAGUGGCUGGAAGAACAUCGUUUGCUGCAUUUCCUGAAGACAGACCUGUAUCUUCACUUCGUUCUGUGCCAUUUGUUACUGGACAUGCCUGUGCCCAUCCUAACAGUAUCCAGAAUUGCAGUGGUGCCUCAGGAAUCGUCAGAGUCCCUUUCAACGCUGCAGUUCUCUGAGGACAGCCUGUCCUCUGACUCCCUGAGCAGUAAAACACAGGACUCCAGUACCCAGCUGGCCCACGAGCCAUCCAAGGGGGCAGAGCUGGUGGAGUUCUGGGUGAGGAUGGAGAGGAUGCUGCAACUCGAUGAGACUGACAUCGACCAGCGGGACCAGUACUUCGCUCAGCUCCGCACGUUACAGGCUACACACCUGCAUGACGGCUCCGUUGUAAUGUCCACUUGUGGAGGUUUUACCGAUAUUCCAUUGUCAAAAUCAAAGAAGCCCUUUCACACCAGGAGGGAUUUUAUGGUGAAGCUGCAAAAACAAGCGCUAGAGAAACUGAAGGGGUACUGGUUGCCUCGUUUUCUGACACACUGCAAGCGAAGCCUGAGAAAGGUGAAGGAAUAUGAUGCCAUCAUCCGAGAGUAUCAAGGAAAGGUGUCUAAAAGAAAGGCUACAGAAGGCCAGUCAUCUUCUUCCGUCCUAACAAUGAGCAUCAAACACACCGAAGGCAUUACACAGCCCUAUUUCACCAAGGCUCACAAGCGCCUCCUGUGGAGCCUGCCUUACUGUAAGGGCAAACGUGUGAAGAUCACCACGGCGACAGAGCAUCCACACAACAUCAAGGCGAAGGAGCGACGGGACGGUAGUCAGGCUCAGCCAAAGACGACUGCCCCCAAGUCCACUCCGCCUAAUUUCCCCAAGCAGGAUGAGUCAGGGUGCCCUCGCCCAACACCAAGACAGGCUUGUUGCUCUUCACUAGCUAAAGGUAAAGGGGCGGCUAACAUGCAGGGUGAAUACGUCUUCCCGCAGCUGGACUCCUCUAUCCCGCUCAUCAAAGCGCCCUCGAUGCUACGGUGUCAGAGGUAUCCUGAGAUGCCCCGGCACUUCAGGUACCUCCACUGGGCCUUCAACGCGGACUUGCUGGCAGGUGAACCACUUGCAGCUUUCCUGAGGAUGAGUGAUGACCUCUCCAAGCUCCAGUACCUGCGCCUCUGGCAUGAAAUGGGCAACUUCUUGAACGUUGUACUCAGUGUGAAGGACAGAGCUGGGUAUCUCCUCAGGAAGAUCCUGGGUGAGAAGAUUGUUGAAGUGUACCUGACAGAGAGUAGUAACCAAUAUACCAAGCUGCAGGUUGCAACUACUGAGAACCUCAAGAUCCUUCUCCCCUCAGGUCAGGUCAUUCCUUGGAUAUUCGCUGCCCAGAAGGAGAUUUGUGAGAUACUCCAAGAAACAUAUGACGAGUUUCUGGAUCAAGAGGAUAAGAGCUUCCUUGAUCUUGUGGCUGGGAGCGAACCGAAUGAUCCAGGCAGCUGGACAGUGUGCAAGGAGCUGCCACCACCUACGACAGAUGCUGAGGACCUGCACAUCAGGAGGAUGGCGCGGUCACUGCUGCUGAGCCAGGCCUGCACCGCCAUUGGCAACUCCGAGAGCCUGACUGAUGAGGACUGGAAACUGCUAGUCACUGAGGACACUGCCAAUCUUGGCUCCAUGCUGAUACUCCUAAAGCCACCAACAGAAGAUGUGGAUAUCAAGGGCAUGACCUUUGAGGAGCUUGCGCUGAAGUACCCAAAGCUUGCAAUUGAGGAGCUGAGCAAGAACUUUCAUCGAUAUUACAAGAAGUUGGUUCUACUUGGUCUGCUAAACAAAGAGGUUUUACGAGAGAAGCUGUGGACAAAGCUGAACAUGAAAUCCCUGAAAUUUGGGAACAAGAUCCUGACCAGACCCAAAGGAAUUCCCAGGAAACUGACAGAUGUGCUGACUGAUGGGACAGGAAUACUUUUCUUCCAGAGGUUCCUGGAAGCCUAUGAUGCAGAAUCUCCACUGCAGUUCUGGCAAGCAGUGGAGACCCUCCAAAACCUCACCACUGCCAAUGAGAAAAAACUCUACACCAACUGGAUUAUUAACCACUUCUUCAACAAGAAUGUCAACCCAGGCUCACCCAAGCGACCUCCGCUAGAUCCUGUCUAG